AUGAACACAAACUUGAAAGGCUAUAAUCACACUUAUUACAACAAUCCAAUCAUCACCAACAAAAGUGAUAAUAAUAAUGGAUCAUCAUCAGAAGAUUACAUGAUGAAUGGUUGUUAUCCAUGGCCACCAAGAUCAUACACAUGUAGCUUUUGUAGAAAAGAGUUUAAAUCAGCUCAAGCACUUGGAGGUCACAUGAAUGUUCAUAGAAGGGAUAGAGCAAGGCUUAGACAAUCAUCACCACCAACAACUCAUGAACCAGCUCAACUUAAUGAAGGUUCUUCUAUGCUUAAUCUUAACCUUAAUAACCCUACUAUCACUACUACUAACCCUAAUUUAUUCUCACAUUCAUCUUCAUCUUCUUCAUCAUUAUCAUCCUCUUCAGCAACAUCUCUCAAGCCUAUUACUUGCACAUUACCUUUGUUUGUUUCACCUCCUUCUGAGUUUAAUAGAUAUGUUGUUGUGGAUGGUAUUUUGUUGAACCCUACUUUGACCACAAAGACCUCAGAAAAAUCAAAGAUGGAUGGUUUUGAAUGUGAAGAUGAUUGUGGAAUGGUGAAGAAAAGUGAGAUUUUAAGGAUGGAUUUGGAGAUAGGUUUGCCAGGAGAUUAUGAUAACUUGGAUCUUGAGCUUCGUUUGGGUACUACUACUUACUCUAAUUAG